UCUGAUGCGAACGUUCGAGCGAGUUAGUCAAGUUAUAUUUAGUCGUUGACGUGAGAAUUCUUGUUUGUCGCCGCUAUCGAGACCGAGCAGAGGACGAGGCCGAGGACCAUCCCCAGCAGGAAGAGGUGUUAUCGGUGAAGUUGCCCAUCUUCCCUUACAAAUCGACAUGGAACGUGUCUUACCGGAGAAGAAAUUUUUAGAAAGAAAUUCGCUCCUAACUGAUCUCUACGAGAUCACGCACAUUCGCACGGUUUACAAUAUAUUUAUGGUGACUUUUAUACUGCUUCUUCUCGACACCGCUGUACAUGACAUCAUAGAGUCUGGAACGUUGGUCCUCGGAACCGUCACGAUAUGUAACGGUUUCGCAAAAUUACCGACUUGUUUGUACAUUUGGUCGCUCAUGCUAAUCUCGACAUUCGGUGUUUACGUUGCAUUCAAUUUCUGGUCUUCUCAACGAUUACGGUAUUCGUCAAAAUCUCUGGCCCGGAAACUAUGGGAUUACAGUUGGCUAACAAUCUUCAUAAUUUAUCAAGUUCUUCUUAUAAUUAUUCCAAACAGAGCGAUGAUUAGAGAGAAUUUAGGCAUAGUUUGCAAUAUCAUCAUAAUUAUGGAACAAUUACGUAUUAUAAUGAAGAAUCAUGCUUUCGUUAGAAGUGUGACACCUAGAUUUCUCUCAUACAAACCCCAUAACGACGUUUCACCACCGAACGUACCACGAUUUUCCCAUUAUUUGUAUUUCCUGUUCGCGCCGACUAUUAUAUACCGCGAUGAAUAUCCGAGGACAAAAAAAAUCAGAUGGAUGUUUGUGUGUCAAUAUUUCGGCGAGGUCGUCCUGGUGAUAUUUUAUUACACCUUCAUUCUGGAGCGCUUAGUGGCGCCGGUCUUUCGAACCUUCGACACAUGGCCUCUGGAAUCGACGUGGUUCAUCAAGAUUAUUAUCGGAGCGAGCAUUCCCGGGUUCCUCUUCUUCAUGAGCUCAAACUAUCUUCUGCUGCAUGCGUGGAUGAACGCCUGGGCCGAGAUGCUGCGAUUCGCCGACCGAUUGUUUUAUAAGGAUUGGUGGAAUUCCACAUCCUUUCCUAUGUGGAAUCGUACGUGGAACGUGAUAGUACACGAUUGGCUCUACACGUAUCUCUACAAGGACAUGUAUGAGAUCGUGGUACCACGCAACAAGCCGUUGGCAAUCUUCACUGUGUUUCUCGUAUCUGGAGUUUGUCACGAAUAUAUAGCCAUGUUUGCUUUACGUUUCUUUUAUCCGGUGAUGUUGAUCCUAUUCGGCGGCCUCAACUUUGUUCUGGUGCUUAGCAACAUAAGCUUCAACAACCUUACCAUGUGCAUGAUCUGCUGCCUCAGCAAUGGCAUCAUAAUGAGCACUUACGCGAUGGUAUAUUAUACCAAUUAUAACUGUUUGUCCUAUUCCAACUAUUAUGCCGACUUGCUUCUACCGCAAAGUUGGAACUGUCAGCGUGAGUGAGAUUAAAAAAAAAAUAAAGAAAUGAAAACGAACAAAAUUGAGAAAGUCAAUAAUAAUGCACACAUUUUAUCGAAUAAAAUGAUACUUCAUUUUUCUCAUUUGAGUGAGAAGUUCAAGUGUGGCGAUAAUCGAUAAUACGCAAACAUGGAAAAUCUCAAUUAAAGAAAUUUUAUCAGACACAUUAAAGUCGCAUAUUUCUCUAUAGCUAUUUUA